AUGCGAGAUGAGUCGAGCCUGAUGGAUGUCCUCGGCCGAUUCCGAAACUUGCAAUCGACAGAUCCAAGAGACAAGAUAUAUGGAUUGCUUGGCUUGGUGACGCAAGACCACGGCAUCGUCGUCGAUUACUCGAAGCCCUUGCGCGAUCUGUAUAAAGAGGCAACUCUAUCGAUUCUCAACCUCUCCAAGAACUUGGAUAUCAUCUGCCAGAACCCCUUCGAGCGCGAGGGUGGGCCAUUGGUACUUGGACAAGACGAGGAUGCAGCUCAGGCACCAGAGAUGUUUCCUUCCUGGACUGCCGAGUUUCAUCUGGGACGGCCCGAUUGUGUUUCGCUCCUUUUCGCGCAACGCGGCAUCUUCAAGGCUAGGUCAAGGCAACUGGAGACGCCAUGUCGGCUGCUAGGACCGAAGAAGGAUGUGUUGAUCCUGAAAGGGAGCGUGCUGGGCCGUAUCGGGCCUGUCCUUCAGGGAGGCUCUCCCAACUUGAACGUACGGACCGAAGCGACCGAAAUCAUGAGAAUGUAUCUUGGACAAGAUGCUCUCGAUGACCCUAGCCGACAUCAUUACGCGCUAUUCAUCGGCGGCAAACAAGUUUCUCUCAAGGAGACGCUCAUCCGGGCUUAUUGGCGCACCCUGGUCAAAGACUGCACAGCGCCCCCGAGAAUGCGACGUCUACUCAAAUCAGAGAUUGAGUCUCUCGAUCCCAUCCACCGAGACCAUCUCCAGGCCGGACAAGUACUUCAAACGUUCCAAAUCCCCUUGGACGAGAGCAAGUCCAGGUCAGCAUUCUCUUAUCACCCCGGAAAUGACUCCGACUUUGCCGAAAUCGAGGAAUCAAGGAAUUUGGAGUUGACAUUCUUGCCGUGGAUAUCCUACUCGGAUCGGGACUGGAUGUUCACCGUGGCUGACAACGGCCUUUUCCUCCUCGCCCGUCCAGGGGUGAGACAAGGCGAUGUCAUAGCAGUUUUUGAUGGAGCUAAAAUUCCCAUGGUGCUUCGCAGGGUUGAGACAAAUCACGAACAUCAAGACAUGGGAGAGGUCUAUCAGGUUGUUUGA